UGCAAAGAGCAUGCUUUAUGAUGACUCUGUUACUUGGACCACCAGGAUGUGGAAAAACUACUCUAUUGCUAGCACUUGCCGGGAAAGUGGACAAAUUCCUCAAGGUAACAGGAGAAGUUUCUUACAAUGGCUUCAGGUUGGAGGAGUUUGUUCCUGAGAAAACAUCAGUUUACAUAAGCCAAUAUGAUUUGCAUAUUCCUGAGAUGACAGUGAGGGAGAUUUUGGACUUUUCAGCAUGCUUUCAAGGUGUAGGGAGCAGAGCAGAAAUUAUGAAGGAAGUGAUCAAAAGGGAGAAGCAAGCAGGAAUCAUCCCUGAACCAGACAUAGACACGUAUAUGAAGGCAAUAUCAGUGGAAGGAUUAGAAAGAAGUCUCCAAACGGACUAUAUCUUGAAGAUCAUGGGACUGGACAUCUGUGCAGACACAAUUGUAGGGGAUGCCAUGAGAAGAGGCAUCUCAGGUGGACAGAAGAAAAGACUGACCACAGGAGAGAUGAUUGUUGGACCAACAAAAGUUCUUCUUAUGGAUGAGAUAUCAACUGGCCUAGACAGCUCAACUACCUUCCAGAUUGUUACUUGCCUCCAACAAUUGGCACAUAUUUCAGAAUCUACUGUGGUGGUUUCACUUCUUCAACCAGCACCGGAGACCUAUGACCUCUUUGAUGACAUUAUUUUAAUGGCUGAAGGGAAGAUAGUAUACCAUGGCCCUCGCAGUCAUAUUCUCAACUUUUUUGAAGAAUGUGGUUUCAGAUGCCCAGAAAGAAAAGGAGUAGCUGACUUUCUCCAGGAGGUGUUGUCCCGAAAGGAUCAACAGCAGUAUUGGUUCCAUCUAGACAAAAGCUAUAAUUAUGUCUCUGUAGAUCAAUUCGCUCAAAAAUUCAAAGUAUAUCACAUUGGACAGAGUUUACACGAGGAGCUAUCAAAGCCUUAUGGAAAGUCCCAAUGCCAUAAAAAUGCUUUAUCAUUCAGUACUUAUUCAUUAUCAAAAUGGGAACUAUUUAAAACUUGCAUGGCAAGGGAAUUGCUUCUCAUGAAGAGGAAUUCAUUUGUUUAUAUAUUCAAAACAACACAGCUUGCAAUUAUUGCAAUCAUAACAAUGACUGUAUUCCUGCGUACACAUAUGGGGGUUGAUUUGAUCCAUGCUAAUUACUAUAUGGGUUCACUCUUUUAUGCACUCCUCUUAUUUACAGUUAAUGGAUUCCCAGAAUUGGCUAUGACAGUUUCAAGACUACCAGUUUUUUAUAGGCAAAGGGACUUUUACUUUUAUCCUGCAUGGGCAUAUACAAUUCCAGCUUGCAUCCUAAAAAUUCCAAUCUCAUUAAUAGAGUCUUUACUUUGGACAUCUCUUACUUACUAUGUCAUUGGAUAUAGUCCUGAGGCAGUAAGGUUCUUUCGCCACUUCCUUAUACUUUUCCUUGUCCAUCAAAUGUCAUUAUCCCUUUUUCGUUUUCUUGCCUCAUAUUUCCAGACAUUGGUGGCUUCUACAAUUAGUGGCACCAUGUCCACGCUAGUUAUCUUUUUGUUUGGAGGCUUUCUUCUCCCACAGCCCUCUAUACCUGGUUGGUUGAAGUGGGGAUUCUGGAUUUCUCCAUUAACAUAUACCGAGAUAGGCUUAACUGUAAAUGAAUUUCGUGCACCAAGAUGGCAAAAGAUGUCAUCAGCAAAUACCACUAUAGGGCAGCAAGUCCUGACAAGCCGUGGACUGAACUACAAUAGCUACUUUUAUUGGAUAUCAGUUGGGGCAUUGCUUGGGUACAUUCUACUUUUCAAUGUUGCAUUUACGUUGGCCUUAACUUUUAAAAGAUCUAUUGGGGUCUCUCGUGCUAUUAUCUCUCGUGCAAAGCUUUCUCAGAUGCAAAGAGGAGGAGAUAUUGAUAACUCAACAAUCCUAACAAAUCAGUCCAGAAAGGUGCCCCAGACAAGUACUGCUGAACCCAAAAGAAAUGGAAGGAUGGUUUUACCUUUUAUUCCCCUCACAGUGACAUUCCAAGAUGUGAAUUACUAUGUUGAUACUCCACUGGAAAUGAGAGAACAGGGUUAUGCAGAAAGAAGACUCCAACUGCUCCACAAUAUCACUGGUGCAUUCAGGCCUGGUAUCCUUUCAGGACUAAUGGGUGUGAGUGGAGCAGGAAAAACCACUCUUUUGGAUGUUCUUGCUGGAAGAAAAACUGGAGGUCUUAUUGAAGGAGACAUAAGAAUUGGAGGGUAUCCCAAGGUACAAGAAACUUUUGCCAGAAUAUCAGGUUAUUGUGAACAGACUGACACACAUUCUCCACAAAUUACCGUAGAAGAAUCUGUAAUCUAUUCAGCUUGGCUGCGUCUACCCUCUCAAAUUGAUCCAAAAACAAGACACGAAUUUGUGAAUGAAGUCCUUGAAACAAUUGAGCUUGAUGAAAUCAAAGAUGCUUUAGUUGGCAUACCUGGAGUCAAUGGUCUAUCCACUGAGCAACGAAAACGACUAACAAUUGCAGUGGAGCUUGUUUCAAAUCCAUCCAUUAUAUUUAUGGAUGAACCAACAUCAGGUCUAGAUGCUCGAGCAGCCGCAAUUGUCAUGCGUGCAGUAAAAAAUGUUGCCGAAACUGGAAGGACAGUUGUCUGCACUAUACACCAACCUAGCAUUGAGAUAUUUGAGGCAUUUGAUGAGCUAAUUUUAAUUAAAAGGGGAGGGGAGUUAAUCUAUACAGGACCACUAGGACGGCACUCAAGUAAAGUUAUUGAAUAUUUUGAGGGUAUUAACGGAGUACCACGAAUAAAAGAAAACUACAAUCCAGCAACAUGGAUGUUGGAAGUUACCUCUACAUCAGUUGAAGUGCAACUUCAAAUAGAUUUUGCACACAUAUACAGAGAAUCACCUCUAUUCAAGGACAAUGAAGAUCUAGUCAAACAAUUGAGUACACCGCCACCAGAUUCAAAAGAUCUGAAUUUCCCAACUCGUUUUGCACAAAAUGGUUGGGGACAAUUCAAGGCAUGUCUGUGGAAACAAUACUGGUCUUAUUGGAGAAGUCCUUCAUACAACUUGGUGCGGAUAGUAUUCAUGAUGUUUGCAUCUGUGCUAUUUGCAGUAUUGUUCAGGAAGCAGGGAAAAACAAUAAACAAUCAACAAGGUUUGUUCAACAUCCUGGCAUCGAUGUACAUCACCACUAUCAUCACUGGGAUAAACAACUGCUCAUCAGUUUUACCAUUUGUUGCAACCGAACGCACUGUUCUCUAUCGGGAAAAAUCUGCAGGAAUGUAUUCUCCAUGGGCUUAUUCAUUUGCACAGGUGGUCAUCGAGAUCCCCUAUAUAUUUCUUCAGGUAGUACUGUUUAUGUUCAUAGCAUAUCCAGCAAUUGGCUACUACUGGACAGCUUAUAAGUUCAUAUGGUUCUUCUAUACCAUGUUUUGCACAUUGCUCUACUAUGUUUACCUUGGAAUGUUGCUCGUUUCAUUGACCCCGAAUAUCCAAGUGGCUUCCAUAUUGGCAUCUGUUUGCUACACCUUACUAAUUCUCUUCUCAGGCUUUGUGGUGCCUCGUCCAGAUCUUGCCAGAUUGACAGGCUUCAGGACUCAAGAGGCUAAAAUUUGCAUUUUAAAAGACAUCAGCGGGAUCAUCAAGCCCUCCAGGAUGACUCUCUUACUUGGACCACCAGGAUGUGGAAAAACUACUCUAUUGCUAGCACUCGCCGGGAAACUGGACAAAUUCCUCAAGGUAACAGGAGAAGUUUCUUACAAUGGCUUCAGGUUGGAGGAGUUUGUUCCUGAGAAAACAUCAGUUUACAUAAGCCAAUAUGAUUUGCAUAUUCCUGAGAUGACAGUGAGGGAGAUUUUGGACUUUUCAGCACGCUUUCAAGGUGUAGGGAGCAGAGCAGAAAUUAUGAAGGAAGUGAUCAAAAGGGAGAAGCAAGCAGGAAUCAUCCCUGAACCAGACAUAGACACGUAUAUGAAGGCAAUAUCAGUGGAAGGAUUAGAAAGAAGUCUCCAAACGGACUAUAUCUUAAAGAUCAUGGGACUGGACAUCUGUGCAGACACAAUUGUAGGGGAUGCCAUGAGAAGAGGCAUCUCAGGUGGACAGAAGAAAAGACUGACCACAGGAGAGAUGAUUGUUGGACCAACAAAAGUUCUUCUUAUGGAUGAGAUAUCAACUGGCCUAGACAGCUCAACUACCUUCCAGAUUGUUACUUGCCUCCAACAAUUGGCACAUAUUUCAGAAUCGACUGUGGUGGUUUCACUUCUUCAACCAGCACCUGAGACCUAUGACCUCUUUGAUGACAUUAUUUUAAUGGCUGAAGGGAAGAUAGUAUACCAUGGCCCUCGCAGUCAUAUUCUCAACUUUUUUGAAGAAUGUGGUUUCAGAUGCCCAGAAAGAAAAGGAGUAGCUGACUUUCUCCAGGAGGUGUUGUCCCGAAAGGAUCAACAACAGUAUUGGUUCCAUUUAGACAAAAGCUAUAAUUAUGUCUCUGUAGAUCGACUCGCUCAAAAAUUCAAAGCAUAUCACAUUGGACAGAGUUUACAGAAGGAGCUAUCAAAGCCUUAUGGCAAGUCCCAAUGCCAUCAAAAUGCUUUAUCAUUCUAUACUUAUUCACUAUCAAAAUGGGAACUGUUUAAAACUUGCAUGGCAAGGGAAUUGCUUCUCAUGAAGAGGAAUUCAUUUGUUUAUAUAUUCAAAACAACACAGCUUGCAAUUAUUGCAAUCAUAACAAUGACUGUAUUCCUGCGUACACAUAUGCGGGUUGAUUUGAUCCAUGCUAAUUACUAUAUGGGUUCACUCUUUUAUGCACUCCUCUUACUCCUGGUUAAUGGAUUCCCAGAAUUGGCUAUGACAGUUUCUAGACUACCAGUUUUUUACAGGCAAAGAGACUUUUACUUCUAUCCUGCAUGGGCAUAUGCAAUUCCAGCUUGCAUCCUAAAAAUUCCAAUCUCAUUAAUAGAGUCUUUACUUUGGACAUCUCUUACUUACUAUGUCAUUGGAUAUAGUCCUGAGGCAGUAAGGAAGCGUAGUUUAGUACAUAACCAUGUUCAGUCUAUUCCUCUAUCCUCACAAUUCAUAAAUCCUUACGGUUUCUUCUUAUGUUAUUUCAGGUUCUUCCGCCAGUUCCUUAUACUUUUCCUCGUCCAUCAAAUGUCAUUAUCCCUUUUCCGUUUUCUUGCCUCAUAUUUCCAAACAUUGGUGGCUUCUACAAUUAGUGGCACCAUGUCUAUGCUAGUUAUCUUUUUGUUUGGAGGCUUUAUUCUCCCACAGCCCUCUAUACCUGGUUGGUUGAAGUGGGGAUUCUGGAUUUCUCCAUUAACAUAUACUGAGAUAGGCUUAACUGUAAAUGAAUUUCGUGCACCAAGAUGGCAAAAGAUGUCAUCAGCAAAUACCACUAUAGGGCAGCAAGUCCUGACAAGCCGUGGACUGAACUACAAUAGCUACUUUUAUUGGAUAUCAGUCGGGGCAUUGCUUGGGUACAUUCUACUUUUCAAUGUUGCAUUUAUGUUGGCCUUAACUUUUAAAAGAUCUAUUGGGGUCUCUCGUGCUAUUAUCUCUCGUGCAAAGCUUUCUCAGAUGCAAAAAGGAGGAGAUAUUGAUAACUCAACAGUCCUAACAAAUCAGUCCAGAAAGGUGCCCCAGACAAGUACUGCUGAACCCAAAAGAAAUGGAAGGAUGGUUUUACCUUUUAUUCCCCUCACAGUGACAUUCCAAGAUGUGAAUUACUAUGUUGAUACUCCACUGGAAAUGAGAGAACAGGAUUAUGCAGAAAGAAGACUCAAACUGCUCCACAAUAUCACUGGCGCAUUCAGGCCUGGUAUCCUUUCAGGACUAAUGGGUGUGAGUGGAGCAGGGAAAACCACUCUUUUGGAUGUUCUUGCUGGAAGAAAAACUGGAGGUCUUGUUGAAGGAGACAUAAGAAUUGGAGGGUAUCCUAAGGUACAAGAAACUUUUGCCAGAAUAUCAGGUUAUUGUGAACAGACUGACACACAUUCUCCACAAAUUACCGUAGAAGAAUCUGUAAUAUAUUCAGCUUGGCUGCGUCUACCCUCUCAAAUUGAACCAAAAACAAGACACGAAUUUGUGAAUGAAGUCCUUGAAACAAUUGAGCUUGAUGAAAUCAAAGAUGCUUUAGUUGGCAUACCUGGAGUCAAUGGUCUAUCCACUGAGCAACGAAAACGACUAACAAUUGCAGUGGAGCUUGUUUCAAAUCCAUCCAUUAUAUUUAUGGAUGAACCAACAUCAGGUCUAGAUGCUCGAGCAGCCGCAAUUGUCAUGCGUGCAGUAAAAAAUGUUGCCGAAACUGGAAGGACAGUUGUCUGCACUAUACACCAACCUAGCAUUGAGAUAUUUGAGGCAUUUGAUGAGCUAAUUUUAAUGAAAAGGGGAGGGGAGUUAAUCUAUACGGGACCACUAGGACAGCACUCAAGUAAAGUUAUUGAAUAUUUUGAGGGUAUUAACGGAGUACCACGAAUAAAAGAAAACUACAAUCCAGCAACAUGGAUGUUGGAAGUUACCUCUACAUCAGUUGAGGUGCAACUUGGAAUAGAUUUUGCACACAUAUACAGAGAAUCACCUCUAUUCAAGGACAAUGCAGAGCUAGUUAAACAAUUGAGUACACCACCACCAGAUUCAAAAGAUCUGAAUUUCCUAACUCGUUUUCCACAAAAUGGUUGGGGACAAUUCAAAGCAUGUCUGUGGAAACAAUACCGGUCUUAUUGGAGAAGUCCUUCAUACAACUUGGUGCGGAUAGUAUUCACGAUCUUUGCAUCUGUGGUAUUUGCAGUAUUGUUCUGGAAGCAGGGAAAACAAUAAACAAUCAACAAGGUUUGUUCAACAUCCUGGCAUCAAUGCACAUGGCCACUAUCAUCACUGGGAUAAACAACUGCUCAUCAGUUUUACCAUUUGUUGCAACCGAACGCACUGUUCUGUAUCGGGAAAAAUUUGCAGGAAUGUAUUCUGCAUGGGCUUAUUCAUUUGCACAGGUGGUCAUCGAGAUCCCCUAUAUAUUUCUUCAGGUAGUACUGUUUAUGUUCAUAGCAUAUCCAGCAAUUGGCUACUACUGGACAGCUUAUAAGUUCAUAUGGUUCUUCUAUACCAUGUUUUGCACCUUGCUCUACUAUGUUUACCUUGGAAUGUUGCUCGUUUCGUUGACCCCAAAUAUCCAAGUGGCUUCCAUAUUGGCAUCUGUUUGCUACACCUUACUAAAUCUCUUCUCAGGCUUUGUGGUGCCUCGUCCA